GUACCACGACCAUUAAUCGAUAAAAAUGCAUUCAAGUGCGUGGUUGUGUACCAUUUUCUUGUGUCUGACUUUAACACAAGGACAAUUACAAGUUUCCAUCUACUAUGAAUCGUUAUGUCCUGACAGCCUGCGUUUUAUCACAACCCAACUUUACCCUACUUAUCCGAGCUUUGCAAAUUAUUUGAGACUCGAUUUGGUCCCGUUUGGCAAAGCUACAGCAUCAAAAUCAUCAGGUCACUGGAAAUUUCGUUGCCAACAUGGCCCUCGUGAAUGUUACAACAAUAAAAUCCACACAUGUGUUAUCGCUCACAACCCCCCAAAACCCACUCUAAAUUUCAUCAACUGUGCCAUGAAAUCACCAGACUCGCCAAAAAUGUGUGCGAUAGAGAGCGGUAUAUCGUGGAACGUAAUCAGUAAUUGUCUCAAUUCGGGCCAAGCUGAUGUUUUACUAGCCCAAAAUGGUGACAAAACGAAUGCGGUGACUCCGCCAAUUGAUUAUGUGCCAACUAUAAUUUUCAAUGGAGUUUACAGAAAGGCCAUGCAGAAUUUUGCUGAAAAACAUUUCGCAAAAAGUGUUUGUUCACAACUGAAGAACCAACCCCACGUUUGUAAAAAACUUAGAACUUUGUAACAACGUUAUUAUGUAAAAUCUGCGAUUUGUGACAGAUUUAAAUCAGAACUCGAUUAAAUAAAAUUUCUUAUCUGAUAAAA